AUGCCACCUGUCAGAGCUGCAUCUCCAGCCCUGCUGGAGUCGUGGCACUUCUGUGGAGCCCACCCGUGUGCCCUGAGCGGCAAUGAGAGCCUGGUCCUGCAGCAGGUCGGUGGCUGGGUGUGUGAUGCCAGCCACGGGCUGCUGCCAGGAGUGCUGCCCACCAUGCCCACCCAGCUCCAGCUGCUGCUGCUCAACACUGUUCACCUCCACAGUAUGGACCAGGGGCCCUGGUACCAUGUGCUCACAGCCACCUGGUGCAUGCCACUGGAGGCCAAGCAGACAGUGCCAAUGCCCUGCCUGUGCCCCGGACACCCACCCUGCCUGGUGCCCACCAGGACCAGAUGCUCCUUCACUGAGCCCCACCUGCAGGUCUUGGUACCCCCAAGACUGAGACCUUCUGCACUGAGCCUGGUGGUGCUGGUGCCACGGGUGCCCCGGGCUCUGGGGGCGCUGGAAUGGACACUGGGACACCCCCACACCUUCCUGGAGCCGCUGCGGUGGGCAGCCCGCACCCCUCCCCGUGCCACCGCCCUGGCACUGCCCUGCCUGCGCCUCAACCACGCCGUGGAUGUGUUGGCACUGCGCCGAGGUGCCGCAGGCUUCAGGCUGUUCCCGGCGGCGGAGCUGCGUGGGCUGGCAGGGGGCCUGGCGGUGGCAGCAGAGGCUGCACGGCACUGGGCACCGCUGGCGCUGGACGAGACCGGCGUGGAGGCAGCGGGUGCCAAGGGCACACCGGUGGCACGCACAGCCCUGGUGCUUGAGGCCCUGCGACCCUUCCUCUUCAUCCUCCGGCAUGAUGAUGGCUUCCUGGGCUGA